AGCCGCGUUAGGCGGCGGAUUUCAAGGGGACUCGCAAUCUGGCUCUUCUAGUGCUGAUAGCGGGUCUGAUGCGGAUCUUGCUGCCGCGGCGCAAUCAGCUGCCGCCGCAGCAGGCGCUAUCCCCCUCGAUUCCCCCGUCACUCCUCCACCCCCGCCUUCCCCUCCCCCUUUGCCCCGCCUCACGCCAUACUCCCUUCUCAAGUUAGCCGUUGCCGCAGUAAUCGCGGUCACCGCGGGCCGCGCCGUGUUUGGCGCCGUGAUUGGCGCGGUUCUGCACCCAGAGGUGCUGCUGCGCGCCAGCUGGCUGCUCGUGGUGUGGCCGUGGCCCGCGGCGGCGCUGAUUGCGGCGUGGACGGUGGCGACGGCGGCGGCGGGAGGCGGGAAGAAGCAGCCGCUGUGGAAGCAGGUGGGCGUGCUGCUCGGCGCGCUUACGUGGCUCAUUCUCGUGCCCUGCGGGGCGUUUCAGGGCUACCUGGACGGGUGGCGGGUGAGUCUGUGUGUGCUGUACGCAGUGUUCUUCAGUGCAUCAGCCAUCGUGCGUCUGCAGCUCGCCAAUGCAAGCGCCAAUGCAAGCGCCAAUGCAAGCGCCAAUGCAAGCGCCAAUGCAAGCGCCAAUGCAAGCGCCAAUGCAAGCGCCAAUGCAAGCGCCAAUGCAAGCGCCAAUGCAAGCGCCAAUGCAAGCGCCAAUGCAAGCGCCAAUGCAAGCGCCAAUGCAAGCGCCAAUGCGAGCGCCAAUGCGAGCGCCAAUGCGAGCGCCAAUGCAAGCGCCAAUGCGAGCGCCAAUGCAAGCGCCAAUGCGAGCGCCAAUGCAAGCGCCAAUGCAAGCGCCAAUGCAAGCGCCAAUGCAAGCGCCAAUGCAAGCGCCAAUGCAAGCGCCAAUGCAAGCGCCAAUGCAAGCGCCAAUGCAAGCGCCAAUGCAAGCGCCAAUGCAAGCGCCAAUGCAAGCGCCGCCAAUGCAAGCGCCAAUGCAAGCGCCAAUGCAAGCGCCGCCAAUGCAAGCGCCAAUGCAAGCGCCAAUGCAAGCGCCAAUGCAAGCGCCAAUGCAAGCGCCAAUGCAAGCGCCAAUGCAAGCGCCCAUGCAAACCAGGCGCCCAUGCAAGCCAAGCGCCCAUCUUAA